AUGCUACGAGGCCCCCUCCCUUUCCUGACGCUGUUUGAAACAGAAGAUGUCCCCAUAGAAUAUCAUAGAAGUCAACCAGAUCGUCCCACGUUGCAGUACGUGUACGUCCAGAAGGGUCCUCCUCUGGUGACUGCUCGAUCGUUCGAGACGGCAAGAAACAUGCAUGCUGGCGUUCCCUUGGACGGCAUUGAAUGGUUGCGGCCUGCAGAGCAUUUUGUCAAGGUCCCGCCCAGACGCAUGCUAGCAGUGCAGAAGCCUUCGGCCUUCGAGGGCGUUCCUCCCUGGAUGUUCCUCUUGACGUUCGUGGGCGCUGUUGUGGGUAUCAUUCUGCUGUUCCAGCUAGCAGAAAGGAUAUGGGACAAGAGGCAGGAGCCGACGUGA